AAGAAACGGAAAGUGUUUGCAAGGUCAAUUUGAUGAUGUUUCGACGCUGCGGCGUCGCGACGUUUUGGGCUACUGCCUAUUCUAGCUCUCAGUGCGAUACCUUCAUGUGUGUGGUGAAGUUAAGUUGAGCCAUGGAGACCAGAAGCAGGUUCCAUUGGCCCCUUCUGCUCUUUGGAUUACUUUAUCUCACAUCAUCUUUGCAGGUCGUGCAAGGAGUUGUCGAGUCAGGUCCAUCAGAGUCAGAAUGCAGGCCCUUCAUCGAGAAGGCCUUGAAAGAGUUGGAGAUCGGCGCGGAGUCUUCUUCGGCGGUCGUCGACGACGACGAUAGCAGCAAAGAAGACAUCGCAACGGUCGAAAUUACCACUGAAGACGACGACUCGCUUCAGCAUGAAGGAGAAUCCGAACCAACAGUCGAACUCGAAGACGACGCGGACGCCAAAAGCGCAGAAGACCAGAAAGAAGAGGAACAGGAUGGGAGUGAGGAAACCGACGGCUCUCUCGAGGAGGCCACUCCCAGAUCGGGCGAAGAUCAACAAUCUGAUGAAGAUGCACACUCUCAUGAAAUCCAUGCAGGAGAUGCUCCUGAGGCUACAGACGACGGUUCUGAGGAGGAUCAGGGUGAGGACCGAGAAACAGAUCACGAUGGAGAUCAAGAAGACGCCACUUCCGCUUCCGUUGAGGAACCAACCGAGGGAUCCGACGAGAAAGAAACCGAAGAUGAAGAUAAAUCAACAGAAACUGCCAGCGCUGAAGAAGCCGAGACCUCCAAGGAAGAUGAAACUGGAACUGUAAAAGAAAGCGAAGAAGACCAAGAAACACAAGAAUCAAUAGAAGAAGAGAAAAAAGAAUCACAAGAAUCAGUUGAAGAAGUGGAAGAGGAGCAGAAAAUGGGAGAAGCUGAAUCUGCCGAGAAAGAGGAAAAAGAUGAAUCAACCGAAGAUCAAGAUAAAGAGGAAUCUGUUGAAGAUGCUAAAGAAUCUGCCGAAGAUACAAAAGACUCAGUCGAAGAUACUAAAGAAUCCGCGGAAGAUGUUAAAGAAUCUGUAGAGGAUAUUAAAGAAUCUGUUGAAGAUGCUAAAGAAUCUGCCGAAGAUACUAAAGAAUCUGUAGAAGAUACUAAAGAAUCUGUUGAAGAUACUAAAGAAUCAGCUGAAGAUGUUAAAGAAUCUGUCGAUGAUACUAAAGAUUCAGUUGAAGAUACUAAAGAUUCAGUCGAAGAUACGAAAGAUUCUGUUGAAGAUACCAAAGAAUCUAUCGAAGAAAUGCAAGGUGAUCAACCACAAGAAGCUCAAAUUGAAGAAAAAAUAGAAACACCCAUCACUGAAGAGAAAGAAGAACCUAAAAAAUUAGAUAUUCAAGAAUCUGAAAUUAAAGAUCAAGGUGAAAAAGAUGAAGAAAGUGAAGAAAAAGAAGAAGCUCCUGAGGAAGAAUUAAUAAUUGAGGAUGAAAAACCUGAUGAACUUCGACCAACGGAACAUUUAGCGCAAUUAUUAAAACUAGACGAUGAAUACGAAGAGAAAGAAAGGAUUAUAGAUAAUAUAGCAGAAAUAACGUUAAGAGAUUUGAAGAGGUUAUACGAGAACGCAAUAAAACCUUUGGAAACUUUGUAUAAAUACCGAGAUUUAAGUAACCGUCAUUUUGGGGAUGCCGAAAUUUUUGCAAAGCCUUUAGUUCUUUUUAUGGGACCAUGGAGUGGUGGGAAAUCGUCUAUUAUCAACUAUUUGGUUGAUAAUGAAUAUAAUGAAACAUCUUUGAGAACGGGUGCGGAACCUUCACCUGCUUAUUUUAAUAUUAUGAUGCACGGUCAGGAGCCGGAAGUUCUCGACGGGACCCAAUUGGCUGCUGAUUUUACUUUCUCUGGUCUUCAAAAAUUCGGACAAGGAUUAGAAGAAAGACUUAGAGGGAUGAAACUUCCAAAAAAAUUGCUCGAAAAGGUAAAUAUCGUUGAAAUUCCUGGAAUAUUGGAAGUUCGCAAACAAAUAUCGCGCGUCUUUCCGUUCAAUGACGCCUGCCAAUGGUUUAUAGACAGGGCCGAUAUCAUCUUUUUGGUCUACGAUCCUUCGAAGCUGGACGUAGGCCCAGAGACUGAGGCUAUUUUGGAUCAAUUGAAAGGAAGGGAGCAUCAGACGCGCAUAAUUUUAAACAAAGCCGAUCAGGUGAAGCCCGAAGAAUUGAUGCGAGUUCAAGGAGCUUUAAUAUGGAAUAUUUCCCCACUUAUGUCUUCUGCUCAACCACCCGCUAUGUACACCACUUCGUUAUGGUCGAGACCUUAUGAACCGUGGGCGCCCGUUAGGCUUCUUCAAGCUCAGGAACGAGCGUUCUUAAGAGAUUUAAGAACAGCUAUUGAUAAGAGAAUUGAAAAUAGGAUAGCUAGUGCACGAAGAUUUGCGGUACGUGUAAGAAACCAUGCAAAAAUGGUUGAUUGUUAUUUAACGACUUAUUAUAAUCACAAGUCGGUGUUUGGUAAUAGAAAACAGGUUUCGGAUGCAAUUAUCGAACAUCCUCAGGAUUACCACAUUUACGAAGGGCUUUCAACGUUAACAAAUAUUUCACGUUAUGAUUUACCAGAUCCGGAUGUUUAUAGAGACUUUUUCAGACUGAAUCCUCUGUAUGAUUUCCAACAGCUCUCGGCGACUUGUACGUAUUUCAGAGGUUGCCCAAUUAACCGGCUGGACGUGGCGAUUGCGUAUGAUUUACCAGAGUUAGUUGGAAAACAUAAGAAGAUGGUUGAAGAGGCUGUGGCCAGAGCGAAUUCAAAAACUCCGGCCAGUUGAAAGAAUCAGAAAUAGACGAAUAAAGAAAACUAAUACAUCAUGUGACUGAUAUUCUUCGGGGAAAGAAGUAAAUUAUAUUAAAUUAUACCGAUGUGAUUACUGAAUAGCCGAUGAACUGUCAAAAGCUUUCUUUAGUUUCUACCUGCCAAAUUGUGUGUGUUAAUAGCAUUUAAAAUUUCUUUUCUUUGCAAAACGGAGUGUUGAAAUUUGCUUUCGAAGGGAGUGGGUUAUAACGCCGAAUAACGUGAAAUAUCGGGUGUACAAUUCCUUAAUUUAGUUUUUCUCUCUCUCUCUCUCAGAAUAGUAGUACGUGUAAGGUUAAAAUAAUACAAAACUGCUCCUCCCUCCCUCACCGAAAGUGUUUCAGUAUGAAUCUAUUCAUAUUUAACGGCUGGGGGGCUCUACUUCGGUGAGGGACGAUUAAUUCCCGUAUAAUUUAAUCACGUCAUUCAAUUAUUUAGAGUAAUUAAAAAAAAAUAAAAAAAAACAAACAUGUUGAGUAUGUACAUUAUUACAAGACAUAGGUUAAGUUAAAAAAAAAACGGAAAUAAAAUGUUUACUUUUA